AUGGCUGGUCGGGAAAAAGAACACAAAGACUUAGUUUUAGAAAAAUGUCAAAAAAUCAUUGCCGAUUUACAAGAGCAAUCUGAAAAAAUCAAACUCCAAGGGAAAAUCAAACUCCAAGGGAAAAUUUAUAGUUUCCUUCUCCAAAAGAGAAUAGUUAUUUUAGCCGUUGGGAGUUUAAUUAUUUAUCAAGUAGUUCAAAACAAAAAAAAUUCUGCUAACCAAAAGCCAGAAGGGAACAACAACAAUCAAUCUGGUAAAACUAUUCCUCUUGCCACUGGUUCACCAGAUACUUCCGAAGAAGAAUUAGAAAGAUAUCUCUUAGAAAAAAGGUUAGAUUUAGAAAAAUAUUUCGUUUUUUGCUUACAAAAAGAAGUAAAGCCAGGAAAUGUCAAAACUAAUGUACAUUCAAAUGGAAAUAAAAUUGAUGCCAGCAAUGGGAGAAACGUAGUUCCAUCACUUGCUAACCACCUAACAGGAAUAGGCAAAAUAACUUUUCCUACUGGCAUUGUCCUUGCUGUUGAAGCUGAGCCAGAAGUCCAAGUUAAAAGAACCAAAAAAGAAACUUUGGAAUUUCUGACAAAAAAAGACCCACUAUUUACUGGCUGA